CUGGUAGACUUAAGGUAUGAAGUUCUGAAUUACGGAAAUAUCCCUUAUCCAGAAAACCUCAGGUCCUGAGCAUUCUGGAUAAUAGGUCCCAUACUUUAUAUACAGUAUGUGUGACUGCGCAGUGUAUGCGAAACACAGUUGCCUGACUGUAUAUAGAUUAAUGUGAACCUAAACCUAUGUUUUCACAAGGCAGAAUAACACAGAUGCUGUAAGUCUGUGCAGGUCUUUGUUGCCUGUUCUGGCUGAAGAUUUUUUUUUUUAGUUUUUUUUAACUAUAAAAUGCGAAUUUUUAGUGCAAAAAAAAAAAAAACUUGAAUUUGAAUAUGAAUAUCCUAUUUGGAAGUUUCUCGGGUCAGCGCUGGAAUUAGCCCAAAAAUCCAACAAUUUUGGACUAAAAUCAGAAAAAUGCAGUCUUUUCUGGGAAAAAGGCAGAAAUAAAAUCGAGCCUUUCGGGGAAAAAAGCGCGUACGAUUCUAGUUUUCGCUAGAUUUUAUAGUUUCCCCCGAUCCUAUGAAAUUGUGCUUUUUAAAUAAUAAAUAAGGUUAAAUCGUGGAUUCACGUUUGGUCUGAUUUUUUUUUUUUUUUUUGAAGUAUCAGAAAGAUAACCCCCUAAUUUUUGUAUAUGGUAUUUACAGUUUCAGUUUUAAAUGAUUUUUAUUGUUUUUCCAAGAUAAACAAGCAGAAACUUUGACAAAAGACGAAGGCCGAACAGUGAAGCUCAUUUAGUUAUAAAAAAGUAGGUGGAGCCAUCUUGAGAUUAAUACACAUGAGUUCGUAUUUACAGUUUCAACACAAUGUUCUUUCAGGCGACAGAGAGGACAAGUUCAGCAUGCACUUUAAAAGAUCGCUGAAAAUAUCCCGUGAAGCCAUGAUUGUGUGACGUUACACUACAUGAUUGCCAUACUAUGAGAAAGCUAAAUAAUUGUUGGAUUUCAGAUGAAUUACUACAAGUACUAGAGGUACCGACUUAUAUGCAAAGUAUCGGACAGUUACAAAGUUAGUUACACACCUGCAUGUUACAUAGUUAGUAGCAGGUGUACAUGCAGGUGUCACAUUAUGACAUCAUCAUAAUAUGCAAUGACAUCACAAUGCAAAGGGAUUUAACUAGAGAAACCACCUCACAGUGUCAGUUACUCUAGAGAAGAGCGACUGUGAAGAUGGAGAGGAAAAUCUCUUGGCAGAUUUUACUCUUUUUAUCCUAUUUUCUAUACAUUUCAUCAAAAUUUACAGAUUCAAAAAACACUUAUACAAAUGCAGAAUAUCCCGACUACCUUUCUGGCGCACUUGAAAUUCAAAGCGGGAAACAAAUAGAGAGCGAUGAUGUGCCGAGCGGAGCAUUUGAAAUUCAAGGGGGAAAUAAAAUAGAGAGCUCGACCCCAAGUAAUGACAUGUCAAACGGAGUUACUACUGAUAAAGAAGACAAUACGAUUAACAAUAUAAUGAAAGGUGCAGGACACAAUAUUCAGCUAGAUCUCUUCUGGAAAGUCUUCAUAACCGUAGGCUUGAUUGUCGUGGCAUUAAUUGCCCUUGUAUGUUAUUUCCUCUGCAAUAAAUGUAAGAAGCGCAAAGAGGAUAUUGAAGCACCAGAAGAAGAAGCAGCAGUUAAUGGGGCACAAACAGACGAUUCAAAAAACACUUAUACAAAUGCAGAAUAUCCCGACUACCUUUCUGGCGCACUUGAAAUUCAAAGCGGGAAACAAAUAGAGAGCGAUGAUGUGCCGAGCGGAGAAUUUGAAAUUCAAGGGGGAAAUAAAAUAGAGAGCUCGACCCCAAGUAAUGACAUGUCAAACGGAGUUACUACUGAUAAAGAAGACAAUACGAUUAACAAUAUAAUGAAAGGUGCAGGACACAAUAUUCAGCUAGAUCUCUUCUGGAAAGUCUUCAUAACCGUAGGCUUGAUUGUCGUGGCAUUAAUUGCCCUUGUAUGUUAUUGCCUCUGCAAAAAAUGUAAGAAGCGCAAAGAGGAUAUUGAAGCACCAGAAGAAGAAGCAGCAGUUAAUGGGGCACAAACAGACGGAACCAAAACACCUGUAGAAGCAGGAAUAACAACUGAGGAAGAAACUGGCAAAGAGGUUCCUAAAAAGAAAGAAGAACAUGGUCCUGAUAAGAUACCAGAAGAGAAAAAAGCAGAAGAGGUUCCUAAAAAGAAAGAAGAACAUGGUCCUGAUAAGAUACCGGAAGAGAAAAAAGCAGAACAAGAUAAAAUAAAACCAAAAUGCAAAGAGGAGCAUGGGAAAGAAGAAGCAGAAAUAACAACCCCGAACAAUAUAACAGAAAAGGGUGUUGUCCUCAAGGAUAAGGAGAUGAAAGAGGAAAACAAAAGUAAAAUAGAACCCAAUAGCAAAGACGAGGAAGUUGAGAAAAAUGAAGAAAUAAUGGCAGAGACAAGUACUGAUGAUAAGAAAGAGAGAGGAGCCCAGAAAUAUAAAUAUAUAUUGCCUUGCGCUAUCAAGAACAAGAGGGAUUGGCGCCGUCGAAAGCGCCUGAAAUUACGGAUAUGCCAUGUGUAAUGACUGCUUGAAGGAAAUAAGGACCCUUUCCCAUGCUCACCCCAAGCAAAGUUUCUUAUAAAAUAAACAAUUUUAUAAUUAAGCAUCUUUUUUAAUAAUAGGUUGAACACAAAGGGGUUUAUUUAUCAAAGGUUGAAUUUUAGAGUUUUUAAUACCUCAAAUGAACUCACAACGGCUGUCUUGGUACCAAUGACAAAUAUAGAGGAGGGGGGAAGUCCUCCAAAAUUAUUUUUAAAAACUAGGUGAAAAGUUGAGGGCGAGGACUUCCAAGGUAAUUUUCUUAGAUAUAACC